GGGUUAACAUAUCCAAUGAAUGGGAACUUCGAUCCAGAUUUCGAGCAGGUCCAGAACCUUCGGCCUGCAUUGUUGCCGGUCCACGAUGUCAGAAAUAUUGCUCCUCGACCGAAGAAGCAAACUAUCAUCAUUGUCCUCUUUGUGUUCUUUAAAGGCACGGUUGUUCUAACCUUUGGAGAAGAAAGUGAGAGUUGGAGAAGAAAGAGCUCUAAAAAAGAGAUAACGAUAUGGCAUAUGAUUUAAAUUAGUGAAAUGGAACCAUGCUUAUUAACGUUCAAUUUUACCCUCACAUGCUAUGCACAUGAGGGGCUUUAACGACAAUUUAAUGACGCCGUCUGAUAGAGGGACCUUUUAUGUAAUAUCGAAAAAUCGUAUGGACCGACUUUAUCCAUUUUCUUGAAGCUGUACUAUAUGUGUUUAUUUCAAGAUACCAUAGGGACCAUUUAUGUAAUUUUGUCCAAAAUUUAAAAAGAACUACGUCGAUCAUAAAAAUCAGCUAUUCGUAUUUCCGUCUCAUCUUUCGAUGGAAGCUGCCGCCAAAACUUCGGCAUCAUUCACCUUGUCCUGGAGACGUCGGAUUCUGUUUUCGGUAGUCUCUAGAGCACUUGCAGCAGUUAGCCGGAGAGAUGGCACCGUGAACCGCCGUAUCCUCAAAUUCAUAGACUUCCGGACCCCGGCGUCGUCCAAACCCAUCAACGGCGUCAAGACGUACGACAUCGUCGUAGAUUCCACUCGCAAGCUCUGGUUCCGAGUAUUUGUCCCCACACAGCAGUCCAUAGAAGAUCUCCCGGUAAUCAUCUUCUUUCACGGCGGUGGAUUCGUCUUCCUCGCCCCCGACCAGGACAUUUACGACGUUUUUUGCCGCCGGUUGUCCAGAAAACUGCCUGCAAUCAUUGUUUCUGUCGGCUAUCGUCUUGCACCGGAGCACCGGUACCCUGAUCAGCAUGAUGAUUGCUUUGAUGUGCUGAAGUUUUUGGAUGAUGAGGAGAAUUGUUCGAAGUCGUUACCAGAGAAAACGAACAUUUCACGGUGCUUUGUCGCUGGAGAUAGCGCUGGCGGAAACCUAGUUCAUCACGUUGCUCAAAGAGCAUGCGAAUUCAACUUCCAACGACUUAAGGUAAAUGGCGUGUUAGCGAUUCAACCUUUUUUUGGAGGAGAAGAGCGAACGAAUUCUGAAAAAAAAUUCGACGGAAAAGCUCCCCUCGCAUCAUUAAAGCAAACAGACUGGUACUGGAAUGUGAUCAUGCCGCCAUGUGAAAGUUACAAUCGUGACCAUCCGGUCAUCAAUGUUAGCGGCCCAAUGGCGGUGGACAUAUCAAAACUAGAUUUUCCGGCGACAAUGGUGGUGGUUGCUGGCUUUGAUUUUCUAUAUGAUUGGCAGAAAAGGUAUUGCGAGUGGCUGAAGAAGUCAGGGGUAGAAGUGUACUUGGUUGAGUACACAAAUAUGUUCCAUGCUUUUUAUGUGUUUCCGGAGCUGCCUGAAUCUGAACAACUUAUGUGGGAUGUGAAGGAGUUCAUUCAGAAUGUCUUAAUGAAGGUGAAUUUGAAAAAAAACGGAAUGGAGAAAAUGGUUGCAGAAAAUGGUGAAUAACACACUUUUGUUGCUUGUGCAUUAUCCAUUUCACAGACCAAAGGAGGCACACUUCAUGGUGUGUGGUGCGAAAGUGCCUAGCAUAAUAGGUUGUAUGCGCAACAAGUUUUCUAAAAUUAUAUGCAAUUUAUCUUAAGAUUGUUAAUUUUUAGAUCUCAUUAUGUGUAAUUUGGGUAACAAUUCCAUCUUAUCCAUGGCACCAUAAGUGAACUGGGAAGAAAAUCAAAUGUUGAGUCA